UUAUAACCUUCAUGAAGGGUGUAAUCUAUACACAAUCCGUUAAAAAAUUCAUCAUUCAACCCGAAAAAUGACUAAUAUAGAAGCAAAGAUAAAGAUAUGGAUUGAAUUAAUUAAAGCGGAGAAACUGGACGCAGUAACAAAAGAUAUUCAGACAAAUAUCUCUCCAAUCUUAAAAGAAAACAUAAACAAACAUAUUUUUAAACUGUUGUUAUAUUUAUCGCAUACCGCGGACAAAUGUGAUAAACAAAAUUAUAUCAUGGGAAAUGAGAUUCACAAACUGACAUGUUUAUUGUGUUCAAUUCUGUCAGAGAUACCAGAUAGUCAUAAAUUUGUAUCUAGUUUGUUUCACAUAAUUCGUUGUUUAUUAGCAUUAUGUAUGUAUAAGGAAGCAUCCGAAGUGUGUUCUCAUUUAGAGACUGAAGCAUUGUGUCAUUCUCAGGAUGAUGUAAGCGAUAUACUAGUCAAAAUAGCUUAUCUAUGGUAUAUUGCAGUGAAUAAUGCAUUUCUUAUUUUACAAAAUGAUUCAUCAAAUCGUAAACAUUAUUACAAAUUGAAAGAUGUUAUAAGGCAAGAAUUGGAAAUAAUACAAGUAACGCAUAAAAAUUACACAAAACACUUGCUUAUGAAGAUAAGUUCAUAUCUGGAAAAAAUUGCAUCGAUAAACGAAGAACCAAAUACCUACUUCACAGAUUUUUGUACGUUUGUAAUUGAUUAUUUAAAUCGGAUAAAUAUUUUCUUAAACAGAGAUGAAAAGUAUAAUAUAUUUCGUUAUAUGCUUCACAUAUUAAGCAGAAUUACGUGCGAAAACAUUAACAAAAAGUGCCUAGAGUCCGAGUUGUAUGAAUUAGCGAUUAAAGGUCUGAAUACAUUGACUAAUUAUUUUAAAACAGUUCUAAGAGAAGAUACGGAAUGUUACCAAUGUAUCCAACAGUUUCAAUCUUUGUACCUUGCUCUUCUGAAACCAGUUGAACGUUUAGUAGAAACUAAUGCCAAGAGCAUUCAAGAUCUAUGCGAUAAUUAUGGAAUAAUUGCAAAACAAUAUGGAUAUAAGGGAUCUAUUAAAUGGAUGACAUUUAGUAUCAUUCAAGUUUUAGAAUCAUUAUUUAUAUAUUGGAGCACAUGUAUAACAAUAGGAAAGAAAACAUUCCUCGAAAAUGGCAUGUUAUUAAAAACGAUGAAUUUAAUCACCUGUGUAACUACAUGUUUUCUCAAAGAAGAAUCGUAUAAAUGUAAAAUUUGCCUGGAUAAUAAUUGUACAUUGAGACGAGACAUGUACAAUGUAGUGGUAAUAAAAACCAAAUGCAUCAAUGUAAUUAACAAGCUUUCUGAAAAGGAUUUGUCCAAAGACAUUUGUAGACUCGCUCGAAAAUUUUUAGAACAGAAUGUAGCACAUAUAUUUGAAAUGAAACAAUGCAAAUGUAAGUCCUGGACAUUUUUAUGGUCCACUUGUGGCUCUUUAAUUUAUAAUUUGGGCAUAAUGUCCGAAUGCAUUUACAAAGAAAGCGUCUCUUUGAUCUGUCUACUAUUCACUUCAAUCAUAAAAUUAGAAGGUGUUCAACCGAGGUCUGAGCACAUCAAGCUCGAGAACCCUACAUCCGUUGCGUUACACAGAUUGUGCUUACUCCAUUAUAAUCACGACAUGUACAGAGAAGCUAUGACCGCGUCUGCGUUAAACGGUCUGCUAAGCUACAACAAUUCGAAUACAAAAGCAUUUUCUAUGUGGGCAAAAAUUAAACAUAAAUCUAUAACAUCGGAGGAAAUAAUAGAAAUAACCAUGUUGGCUUGUUUGAAGGCGGACAGAGAGAAGAUAGAGGAGCUAGGACUGUCCAUUGAACUGUCGCAAUAUGAUCUUGUUGAAAUAUGUUUAAGGGAAGUAAAAGGCUUGCAGGAAGCAAAAGUAAAUCUCUCGGUAGCCAUUCGGAAAGUUCUCGAUGAUAUGACGACGUUAAAAGUAACUCCGAUGCAAUAUGCUCGCGGGGUACAAAUGUUAGUAUAUCAUUUGUUAAAUUUCGAUUACGACAAGGACAGUUUAGAUUGCCUUCGGCGUGCCAUAUCCGACUUGAAAAAACUAAGAACAAGUAGCUCCGUUUUGUGUUUACAAGCGAAUUUAGAAUUUUAUGUUUUUGUAACUCAAUUGUAUAUUAUGAAUAAGAAGACUGAAACGGAAAUGGAAAAUACAAAGUUCGCACUGUGCGCGCCAAAAUUAUCGGAAAUUGGAGAAAAUGAAUCUCGCUCUAUAGUACCUGCCUAUACCAUGAUAAAUAUUAAAGAAGAUUCUAGGCUCCAGACGUAUUUGCAAGCACCAUUAAAUAAAUGGAAUAAAUGCUUAAAACAAAACAUUGAAGAAAUUGCUAAAAGCUGUGAACCGUCGAUAACACUUCACACCUUGAUAAUAGCCGGCGAAUAUGCUCAUUUGUAUCGUUAUCAGGAAUGUGAAGUUAAUAUAUGGACACUUGCGUAUAAAUUAGCACUAGACUUGCAAGAUAAUCGCGCUAUCAUUUAUAUUACUGGUCGUAGUAUCUCAUUGAGACAUAUCAAUUAUAAAUGGAUUACUAUUGCCAAGAAGCUUGCUGUCGAACUCAAAGAUACAAACGACGAAGACGUACAAUAUGCAAUUGCUAUCUUUUGGAUAAGUUUAUCAGAUUUUUAUUUCGAAAGUAGUAUUUACGACGAAGCUAAAAGUUUACUCGAUGAAUCCAGAAAGCUAUCAGGAAUCUCUUUCCUCUCCAAUACAGCUGUAUAUCUAUACAGCUUAGAUAGGAUUUUGUACAAUUGUUACUUGUACAAAGAGGAUGUAACGCACGAAGAAUACACUCGUUACAUUGUUGAAACUUUAUACUCUAUGGUCUCUUUAAACGAGGACUUAUCAGCAAAAAAAUGGAAACCCCACGACAAACGUCUUUUUUGCUACGACAUACUAAUAUCCGCAACCGUAAAUUUAUCUUUACGAAUGAAUAGUUUAUUGUCCUUUCAAGAAAUUGUCGCCCACUUGGUGCACCGGCUAAAAACAUCACAAGCAUUAGGAGCAACCAUAAGAGUUGCAGAAAUAUUAAAGUCGCUCUGUUAUAUCGAUUUGUUGCGUUCACAAUUAAACGAUUGCGAAGUGAAACUGCAAGGAUUGGAGCAUAUUUUAAAUAUCGAAACGUUCAAAGCAUCCAUGAAGAGUAAUUUAACGAAAUCUGUUUCGAGAAACAUUUUGUUAACGCCGAUUCGAGCCGUGGACCCGAUUAGAGACGUUCCGCAAAACGAUACUUCGCCAGUUCUCAGAGACAAAGUUUUCGAUCUUCCGGAAUUCUUCGGUCAUACGGAUUGUAAUUGUUACGCAUGCCAGAAUGUGUCGUAUCAUUAUUUAAUAUUCGCGAGCACGCAUAUCAGAGCCCAACUAUAUGCGUUGCAACAAAAUUUUUCGAUAUCGUUGCAGCAUUUCCACGGUGCAUUUAAAAUAAAAGACGUAAUGAAGGCAUUCACAUUGAAAGAUAAGAAUAAAUAUCUCUCUUGGCAAGAACGUUUUUAUAGUACAGAUUACGUGCUCUUGUUGAUUAACUUCUCGUACUUCCUUAGGAGCUAUUCGAACAGAACACAAGACGAAGUAGUAAAUGUCGCUCGCUUGGCAAAUCGAGUAUGCAACGCGUACAAAUUAAUUGGACACCCAAUUUACAUGUCAGUUAACGAAUUAAUUCUCGACGAACAUUUUCAAAGGAUAUUUGAUAGUACCGAGUACUCAAUGUUCACAGUUCCUGAUACAUCUGACAUUAAUAUAUCCAAGUAUGUGCAAGUAUCGAAAGUUGAAGAAAGCACAUGCAUCACGCCGAUUGUUAAUAAUACUCGAUCGAAGAAACCCAUCAGUCUCCGACGAAUCCGAACUCCACCGCUUUUGAAGCUAACGAAAGUCAGUAUAAACUUCAGCGACGAUGAAGAUAAUUCUUCGCCGCCUUCUAGACACAGAAGAACGAGAUUGCGUGGUAAAUUAACAAGAAGAAAACUCCUGGACGACAAGUAUUCGGACGAUACUGAUAAAACGGAAGUAGAAACCAAAGAAUCGGAAAAAAGGUCGUCUUCGGAGGAGCUUAUAGAAAUAAAGAAAGAUGUUAACAACGUUUCUAUGAAAGAUAUUUUAAAUAAAAUUGUAUCGCUAGUGCCCGAUGUCUCCGAAUAUGUAUACAAAGCAGUAGACAACGUAGACGAGCCGGCUACAAGCGAAAACGUGCAAAACUUAAUCGAGAGGAUAGAAGAUCUUAAAAUAAACGGAACCUCGCACAAAGAUGUCAGAAAAACGCGACAUAAAAAGCAACUAACUACGAGCGACUGUACCAAGAUUAAUCAAGUGAUUGCACUGUUUAAAGACUUGGAUGUCAACGAACAACAAGAAAACGAGAAAAACAGUGUAGAAAGAUCGGGAGAAAGUUCGUGUAUCGGGCAAUAUAAUAAAACAGAUAAUUUGAAAAAACCGAGUGCGAGCGAAAGCACAAGACGAAGUACAAGACUAUCUACAAAAAACAGUGUUACAAGUAAGAAGACGCACAAUACAAAAAUAAGGAAACCAUAAUACAACACUGCCAACAUUUGUACAUUUAUAUGAAUAAUUAAAGAAAAAUUAUAAUAUUAUAUAUUUUGUAAA